CUGCACAGAGUGAAAGUCUAGUGCGUGCUGUUGCAUGCGUCUCUAUCGUUCUGGAGUAGCGCGUGUUUGAUUUUUACGUCGAAUAAUGUACGUUCAUGUUGCUGUUUUCACGGGUGAAUGGCGUAAAGACAGAAUUAUGCUGUUGAUUCAACUGUUUUGGAUCGUCCCGCAUUGUGCAGCCUCCUUCACAGUCAAAGUACCCUCUGGCCCUGUUCUCGUGGUGCGUGGAGAGACUGCUGUUCUGCCUUGUGAAUUUGUUCCAGACCAUAACCUUACCCACCUGGUGAUCACAUGGCAACGACAGGAAGACAUUCGGGUGGUUCACAGCUAUUACCACCAGAGGGACCAGCUAGAUCUACAAAGCUCAGAUUAUCUUCACCGUACAAAUUUAAAUCACAAGCUAAUUGCGAAAGGAGAUGCGUCCCUGAAUAUAUCAAAUUUUGGAUUGAAGGAUGCAGGCAAAUAUCAAUGCAUAGUGAGCAACACAAAAGGAAAUGAUAGAGGAGUGGUACAGCUGCUAUAUGCAGCCUUGUAUUCAGAGCCAAGGUUAAGCAUCCAACUGAAUUCCAACGAUGUCACCAUCCAGUACGAGACAGAGGGCUAUCCUAAGCCAGAGGUCAUGUGGCUGGGGUCAGGGGGUCAGAAUCUCACUGACCAUCAGGAGGUCUCUUCCUUAGAUGAAGGACUCUACUUCUUAAGAAGCAGUUAUGUUACCCAGAAUCCAGCAUUUAAUGUCACAUUCACUCUAAAAAACCCUGCUGCUCAUCAGGAACUCCAAAGGAACGUUAUCAUCAGCUAUGAUGGGAACACAGGCUCCAAUACACCAGUUGUGAUUCUCUCCAUACUGUGUACAAUCCUCCUGUGCUCCACUGGUGUGUUAUUUUGGUGGCACCGUCACAGCAAGCGUUUAUCUCAUACUAAAUGGGACACAUCUACAGCAUUGCGCUCAUGAUUUAUCAACACUAACUACUGCAAAAACAACUGAAAUCAUUUAGCCGACAUGAAGUUUUGUAUAUAGCUUUUAUUGUAUUUUACUCCAGCUCUACCAAACUUUAUGUAAAUUAGGUGUAGAAGACGAGCUCAAUUACGUUUAAAGGCGAAGGGUGUAAUUUCAGUGCCACUAGUUGCACCAAAUUGUAGACUGGGCCAGACAUGACAGUAUUGGCUCAGCUAUUGGGGUGAGUUUGGGGCAGGACCUUCUUUUUGUUAACAAAGGUGAAUGGGAUGAGUGUUUUAGCCUUGAUUGUUUGCUUGAGGGUUUUUACACAGACUUGUCAGAGAUCCUAAGUAUUGAAGAACCUUGGAGUGAUCUUGGACACAUCGCUACUUUUAAAUAGACAGAUCAGUGCUGUUUUAAAGAGCAGCUUUUUCCAUCUGAGAUCAAUUGCAAAAGUAUCCCUACACUGGCUCCCCAUAAAAUGGGGAUUUAAAAAUUCUGCUGUAUAUAAAGCUCUAUCUGGUCUCGCACCUCAAUAGCUCUGUGACCUUGUCCCUUAUUCUCCUACUAGAGCACUUAGGUCAGCUGACCAACUUCUGCUGAAUGUUCCUCAUUCUCGCUAUAAAUUGAAGGGCGAUCGUGCAUUUGCUUUUGUAGGCCCCAAACUCUGGAACAAGAGCUUCCGCUUCAUAUCAGGACAGCUCCGAUGCUCUGCCUUUUAAAAUCUGCUUUAAAAACAAAUUUUUACUCAUUUGCUUUUGAAUACAUUUUAAUUAUGGAUCUAGAUUUUAGGCUCAGGUAUUUAUAUAUGGGAAUAUUAUGCAUAUUAUGUGACUGAAAAGCACUUUGGGUCAACUUCUGUUGUUUUAAAUGUACUCUAUAAAUAAAGGUUGAGUUGAGAUGAUUAUUGCUUUAACUUGAUAGUCAAUAGUAUGAAAUGAGAUUUUAAUGAUGGUUAUUUUAUUUUUUUCCACUUCAUUAAAUUACAAAAGAAAAAACCAGAUAAUGUAUAUUUUUGACUGAAAAUGUAAAGUUUGUUCUUUUAUAAUGUUUUAUACAGCUUAACAGUUAUUUUGUAAGCACAAACAAUAACAAAUAAUCAAAGACAACCUAAAAUAUACAGUAUUUCAACUAUGUAAACGCAUUUGCAUCACAACUUUACAAAAUUACAUUUCUCUUAUGUUCAUUACACCAUGAGAGUACUAUCUUUUAAAAUCAUGUCAAAUAAACAGAAGAC